CUGACGUGCGGGGUCCCCCGGGGCCCCUCCGCGCGCCUCCUGGAGGGCCGGGGCCCCGGGGCGCGGCGCGCAGCAUGGAGUGGGGUUACCUGUUGGAAGUGACCUCGCUGCUGGCCGCCCUGGCGCUGCUGCAGCGCUCGAGCGGCGCCGCGGCCGCCUCGGCCAAGGAGCUGGCGUGCCAGGAGAUCACCGUGCCCCUGUGCAAGGGUAUCGGCUACAACUACACCUACAUGCCCAACCAGUUCAACCACGACACGCAGGACGAGGCGGGCCUGGAGGUGCACCAGUUCUGGCCGCUGGUAGAGAUCCAGUGCUCCCCGGACCUCAAGUUCUUCCUGUGCUCCAUGUACACGCCCAUCUGCCUGGAGGACUACAAGAAGCCGCUGCCGCCCUGCCGCGCCGUGUGCGAGCGCGCCAAGGCGGGCUGCGCGCCCCUCAUGCGCCAGUACGGCUUCGCCUGGCCCGACCGCAUGCGCUGCGACCGGCUGCCCGAGCAGGGCGCCCCGGACACGCUGUGCAUGGACUACAACCGCACCGACCUCACCACGGCCGCGCCCAGCCCGCCGCGCCGCCCGCCGCCGCCGCCGCCGCCGCCCUCGGGCAGCGGCCAGGGCCGGCCUCCGGGGGCGCGGCCCCCCCACCGCGGCGGCGGCGGCGGCGGGCGGGGCGGGGAGGCGGCGGGGGCGCCCCCCGCGCGCGGCGGCGGCGGGAAGGCGAGGCCCCCUGGCGGCGGCGCGGCGCCCUGCGAGCCGGGCUGCCAGUGCCGCGCGCCCAUGGUGAGCGUGGCCAGCGAGCGCCACCCGCUCUACAACCGCGUGCGCACCGGGCAGAUGGCCAACUGCGCGCUGCCCUGCCACAACCCGUUCUUCAGCCCGGACGAGCGCGCCUUCACGGUGUUCUGGAUCGGGCUGUGGUCGGUGCUGUGCUUCGUGUCCACCUUCGCCACCGUCUCCACCUUCCUCAUCGACAUGGAGCGCUUCAAGUACCCCGAGCGGCCCAUCAUCUUCCUCUCGGCCUGCUACCUCUUCGUGUCCGUCGGCUACCUGGUGCGCCUGGUGGCGGGCCACGAGAAGGUGGCGUGCAGCGGCGGCGCGCCGGGCGCGGGCGGUGCGGGGGGCGCGCCGGGCGCGGGGGGCGCGGCGGCGGGCGCGGCGGCGGCGGCGGCGGGCGCGGGCGGCGCGGGCGGGCGCGGCGAGUACGAGGAGCUGGGCGCCGUGGAGCAGCACGUGCGCUACGAGACCACCGGGCCGGCGCUGUGCACCGUGGUCUUCCUGCUCGUCUACUUCUUCGGCAUGGCGAGCUCCAUCUGGUGGGUGAUCCUGUCGCUCACGUGGUUCCUGGCGGCCGGCAUGAAGUGGGGCAACGAGGCCAUCGCCGGCUACUCGCAGUACUUCCACCUGGCCGCCUGGCUGGUGCCCAGCGUCAAGUCCAUCGCCGUGCUGGCGCUCAGCUCGGUGGACGGCGACCCGGUGGCCGGCAUCUGCUACGUGGGCAACCAGAGCCUCGACAACCUGCGCGGCUUCGUGCUGGCGCCGCUCGUCAUCUACCUGUUCAUCGGCACCAUGUUCCUGCUGGCGGGCUUCGUGUCGCUCUUCCGCAUCCGCUCAGUCAUCAAGCAGCAGGGCGGCCCCACCAAGACGCACAAGCUGGAGAAGCUCAUGAUCCGCCUGGGGCUCUUCACCGUGCUCUACACCGUGCCCGCCGCCGCCGUCGUCGCCUGCCUCUUCUACGAGCAGCACAACCGCCCGCGCUGGGAGGCGGCGCACAACUGCCCGUGCCUGCGGGACCUGGCGCCCGACCAGGCGCGCCGCCCCGACUACGCCGUCUUCAUGCUCAAGUACUUCAUGUGCCUGGUGGUGGGCAUCACCUCGGGCGUCUGGGUCUGGUCCGGGAAGACGCUCGAGUCCUGGCGCGCGCUCUGCACGCGCUGCUGCUGGGCCAGCAAGGGCGCGGCGGGGGGCCCGGGGGGCGGCGCGCCGGGGGGCCCGGGCGCGGCGGGGGGCCCGGGCGCGGGGCCCGCGGGGGGCCCGGGCGGCGGCGGCGGGGGUGGGGGGGGCGGGGGCUCCCUCUACAGCGACGUCAGCACCGGCCUGACGUGGCGGUCGGGCACGGCCAGCUCCGUGUCCUACCCGAAGCAGAUGCCCUUGUCCCAGGUCUGAGCGCCCGGGAGGGAGGGGCGGAGGGGGGGUCCCCACCCGUGGGGGGGGGCUCCCCACCCCUCCACCGUGCGGACCGCGAUUAGCAUGAUAAUUGGCCCCUCGCGGUGU